AUCCUGACCGCUUUUGCCACCUGAAUAGAAAUCAGAAUGAAACUCUGAUUUUGUGCUCCAGCUCUCUCUCUCUCUCUCUCUCUCUCUCUCUCUCCUCCCCAAAGGUUUUCACGAGCUCCCGGGACUUCCAGCUCGCGCCUCGCUCCUAACAUCCUGUCUGAGAAAUGAGCUCCAUCCUCUCCUGCCGAGACGCGCGCUCAGACUGCGCCUACUCCGCCUCUAUGUCCGCUCGCGCCACUGUUGACGUUUCCACGGCAACGCUCGUCUCCCUCUGGGACGCCGGUCGCUUGGACGACGCGGGUUGCCAGCGCGAGAUUCCACAGCUGGUUCCAGCACACGGUGCUCUGCAUGAGUCCGUCUGGUCCGACCCACUGUCCCCCCACCUCCAGCGGAACAAGCAGCUUCAGGACACAUUGAUACAGAAAGAAGAAGAACUGGCAAGGCUCCAGGAAGAGAAUAACAAGCUCAAAGAGUUUCUAAACUCAUCAUAUGUGAAAUCCCUUGAGGACAAGUCAAAGAGGCUUUUCUCUGUUCAGAGAAGCAUGGAUGUACGGAACAGGAAAAGAGGCGUACACGAUGAGAGAGACUUCCUCAGUGUGAGUCGGCUGUUGCAGGGCGGCGAGGGAAAGCGGACGUGCCGUAACCUCUCUCUGGAGUUCUGCUCCGCCGACGAGGUGGCUGCGACACCUCCGCUAGACUCCUGGGUUCUGGAAACACUGGGACUCCAGGACGAGGACACCAUCAACACUGACAGCAGUUUCAGCAGCCCGACGACAGAGCAUACGCCGUCCUUCAGCUCUCCAGCGCCAAGCACCGACCACUUCAGCCCUGCGCUCCAGGACAGCAUCAUGUACAGCCCUUAUUCGGACACUCACUGUGCCAUAGAGUCAUCAUGUGGCUUCAGUCACAGCAUGGACGAGAACGUAGAUUAUUUGACUCUUGGUGCAUCACGGAUGUACACCGUCACAUCUACGGGCACGCUUCAAGGUAUUGAAGCUCCUACCGUACACUUCACCCCUCCCAAGGCAGCAUCCACUCCUCAGCACUCACACGUCCCAAGCUCGGAGCGGAACCACUACAGCCACGGGUUCUCCAGUCCAUCAGGGGACGACGGUGCACUUUUGUCGACGCCGCACACAACGCGCAGCAGAAUGGACUUAGCGUUCAGCAUGUCACUCAGUCCGCAGAACAGUGUCAAGACCCACACUUUCCCACAAGGACAGGCUUUCACACGCAGAGACUCACAAGGGGGAUGGAAUUUCACCUGGGUGCCUAAACAGUGUUCUUAAAAUACAUAUGUUGUGAUGGUGAUAUUACUCAUCUUUUUUUUUUAAUGCAGUUCUGGAUUCUGGGGCUAAUAAUGAAUAAAUAGCACGAGGCAAAAGGAAGCUAACCAAGAAACUAUUCUCAUAAAUAAUAUGAAUCAAUCAUAGAUGAUAUAUUUGAAGAAAUAUU